AAACCCCCCGCCCUCCUCGUUCCGCCUCGCUCUCGAUCUCGAUCUGAGCGAGGCGGCGACGAGGACGACAGAACGAAGAUGAGUUCGUACAUGGAGGCGGCGGCGGCGGCGAGGGCGGCGGAGGCGAAGACGGAGGGGCUUCUCCGGGGCGCGUGCGCGCUGCUGGCGGCGGCGGCGGCGCUGCUGGUGGGGCUCAACACGCAGACGGAGACGGUGCUGUUCAUCAGGAAGAAGGCCACCGUCAAGGACGUCCAGGCCCUCUGGGUGUUGGCGAUGGCGGCGGCGGCGGCGGCCGGCUACCACCUGCUGCAGCUGCUAAGAUGCUUCUACCUCAGCCGCUUCGCCGACGGCAAGCCCUGCCGGCAUCGCAGGGCCAUAGCCUGGCUUUGCUUCCUCCUCGACAAGGGUUGUGCAUACAUAACAUUCGCGACGACGGUGGCAGCGGCUCAGGCAUGCGUGGUGGCACUAUAUGGCACGCACGCGUUGCAGUGGACUAAGCUUUGCAACAUCUACACCCGCUUCUGCGAGCAGGUUGCUGGUAGCCUUGUGUGUGCCAUGCUCGCUGCCGUCGGUACUGCCCUCCUCUCCGUCGUCUCCGCCCGCAACCUCUUCCGCCUCUAUCCCUCCAUGCUUUCACCUCCGCCGUCUUCCUUCGUGGGAUAGACAUUGUCCACCGCCCCUCUCCCUAGGCCUUCGUUUGUACUCUUAUAUUGGGCUGCAUAGAAAAAUUAAGCCCAACUAUAGACCCAAGUAAAGCAUACCUACCUUUUAUUUUUCUUAACUUUUGUUAGAGUGCAUUUAGGAGUAAUACUUAUCCACAUGUAGUAUAUACUCCACAGAAGGUAUAUGUUCUUGUACCUCUCUCUCAAAAAAGUGUAUCCAUAGGUAAUGUGCUUUGCUUCCUCUCUCUCUCAUAAGAACAAUAGUAGAGAAGAUGGUUGUAAGGUAAUUAAGGACCAACCUUUGUGGCAUGUUUCAGUGCAGAAGUGAUAAUGUUACACACUGAAAUUGUUGUGGAUAACAGAACUAAGUUCAGUUCAGUUACCACCAGAGGUAAAGAAAUGGUUGAUUUAAUUUG